UUUCAAACACACACACCAACCAGCACACACUCCACAGACCUCUAUCCCAUCAUGGGGAGCAUGAGCACACCGCCACCAGCGGCGGUCACGGCGGCGAACGCCACGUCCAACGUCGGCGACGAUAACCGUGGCGGUGGGCGGGUGCUCCUGUUGCCGUUCCCGGCGGCGCAGGGCCACACCAACCCGAUGCUCCAGUUCGGGCGCCGCCUCGCGUACCACGGCCUCCGCCCCACCCUCGUCACCACGCGGUACGUGCUCUCCACCACGCCGCCGCCGGGGGACCCCUUCCGCGUGGCCGCCAUCUCCGACGGCUUCGACGACGACGCCGGCGGCAUGGCCGCGCUCCCGGACUACGGGGAGUACCACCGCAGCCUCGAGGCUCACGGUGCACGGACGCUGGCGGAGCUGCUCGUCUCCGAGGCCCGCGCGGGGCGGCCGGCGCGCGUGCUGGUGUUCGACCCGCACCUGCCGUGGGCGCUCCGCGUGGCGCGCGACGCCGGCGUGGGCGCCGCCGCGUUCAUGCCGCAGCCCUGCGCCGUCGACCUCAUCUACGGGGAGGUGUGCGCCGGGCGCCUUGCGCUGCCGGUGACGCCGGCGGACGUGAGCGGCUUGUACGCGCGGGGCGCGCUAGGCGUCGAGCUGGGGCACGACGACCUGCCGCCGUUCGUCGCGACGCCAGAGCUGACACCAGCGUUCUGUGAGCAGUCGGUGGCGCAGUUCGCCGGGCUGGAGGACGCCGACGACGUGCUCGUCAACUCCUUCACCGACCUCGAGCCAAAGGAGGCAGCAUACAUGGAGGCGACAUGGCGUGCGAAGACGGUCGGCCCGUUGUUGCCGUCGUUCUACCUCGGCGACGGCCGGUUGCCGUCGAACACGGCGUACGGGUUCAACCUCUUCACGAGCACCGUGCCGUGCAUGGAAUGGCUGGACAAGCAGCCUCCUCGCUCUGUCGUGUUUGUGUCGUAUGGGACUUUCUCCGGCUACGACGCAGCCAAGCUCGAGGAGGUCGGCAAUGGCCUUUGCAAUUCAGGCAAGCCAUUCCUUUGGGUUGUGAGGUCCAACGAGGAGCACAAGUUAUCUCGAGAACUUCGAGAAAAGUGUGGGAAGAGAGGACUAAUUGUUCCCUUUUGCCCCCAGCUGGAGGUGCUUUCUCACAAGGCCACAGAAUAAAAUAUGUUAUGUAUUGGUUGUUUUUUAUCGCACCGUGGAUGGAACUCGACGUUGGAGGCAAUUGUUAAUGGUGUACCGCUAGUGGCAAUGCCACAUUUGGCUGACCAACCAACCAUAUCAAAGUAUAUGGAGAGCUUGUGGGGCAUGGGUGUCAGAGUGUGGCAGGAAAAGAGUGGCGGCAUACAAAGGGAAGAGGUUGAGAGGUGCAUUCGGGAGGUGAUGGAUGGGGAUAGGAAGGAGGACUAUAGGAGGAGUGCUGCAAGGUUGAUGAAGAAAGCUAAAGAGGCAAUGCAUGAAGGAGGAAGGUCUGACAAGAAUAUUGCUGAAUUUGCUGCGAAGUAUUCGAAAUGACAAUCCAGUGAGAAUGGCUAUUAGCCUAGAGAUGUUCUAGCUUAUGAAUAAUUUUUUUUCCUAGAAAAGUUCAUGGAGGUCGAGGAGCUGAUGUUUUCCAUAAUUCAGCAGAAGUAAAUUAAGUUUACGGACUGUGUAAAAUGGUACUUUAUAUUACUUACAAUUUUUAUUUCAUAAUGAAGGUCAUGUCUAGCAUAA